UGUAACGCAGCGGUUCGCAGCUUGCAAUCUGACAGGAGAGCUGCAGGUUGUUGACGUGUUUUGUUUUGUUUCCGAAGUGCUUUUUGUUAUUGCCAUUAUUUUUUAGUGUGGUGCAGACAGAAAUGGACGAACAGGGCUGUCCGAGAUGUAAAACAACCAAAUACAGAAACCCGUCGCUGAAGUUGAUGGUGAACGUCUGCGGCCACACGCUAUGCGAGAACUGCGUCGAGAUGCUGUUCGUUCGCGGCUCGGGCAACUGCGUGCAGUGCGACACGCCUUUGAGGAAGAGCAACUUCCGCGUGCAGCUCUUCGAAGACCCGACAGUAGAUAAGGAGGUGGAGAUUCGUAAGAAAGUGCUGAAGAUUUACAACAAGAGAGAUUUUGACUUCCCCAGCCUGAGAGAAUAUAACGAUUAUCUGGAGCAAGUGGAGGACUUAGUGUAUAACCUGACAAACAACGUUGACGUGGAGAACACCAAGCUGAGGAUGGAGCAGUACCAGAGAGAGAACAGAGAUGUCAUCCAGAGAAAUAAGGCCAAACUUACACGGGAGCAGGAAGAGCUGGAGGAGCUUCUGUUGCUGGAACAGCAGAGCAAUGAGCAGCGGCGACUGGAGGUGCUGCAGGAGGAGCAGAGGCAACUACAGGCCAAGAGGAAGAACAAACAGGCUCUGCUGGACGAACUGGAGCAGUCUCAGCUUCCUGCCACCCUUUUACUCGCUCAACACAAAGUUCGCGCUGCCCAGCUUGAGACCCAGAUAGAGCAGCAGAAACAGGCUGUGAAGCCCACCAGUCUGUUUUCAACUGGAAUCCAUAUGCGGCAGACGGUGUCUCUCCAGCCUGUUACCAAGAUAGAAGACGUUCUUUACCACUACAGACCCCUCCAAGUUGAAACCUAUGGACCCCCGGUGCCUGAACUGGAGCAGCUGGGCAGACUCGGGUAUCUGAAUCACGUGCGGGCCGCCGUGACUCAGGACACAGCUGGAGGAUACACCUCAGCUUUGGCGUGUUAUCGCGCCAUCCAGGACGCGUUCAGCGGGCUGUUCCCUCUGAAAGGCUGAAGAAGCUGCUCCAGUUAGAAAUGUGACUGAAAAGACUUUAAAUAUUGCACUACUACCACUACGCUGCUGUGGGUGGGGAGUGCUCUGACUUAUAUGUAUGUUGUAUGUAACUUUUUAAAUUUUGUGCAAACUUUAUUUUUUAAAUAAAUGGCAAUGAACACUGA